GUCAAGAAAAUACAAGUCUGGACUUAACAACCGACACUGUCUCUAGGGAACUCUUUCUGGAUCAUUCUGGAAACUUCAUGACUGUAGUCAGUAGAACGUCUUCAGCUUGGAUUACAGCCUCACAGCCUGUCAGCAUCUACAUCAAAAUGACGCUAUGCAGCAAUGCAUCCUCGCAUCCAACAAACUUGUGUGCAGAGAAUGGGUUUUUCCUACCCAGUGUGGAACAUUAUUUCACUUGUGACGGAAACUUGUCGAAAGGCGGAUGUAUAUGCACAUGUCCUUCUUUCUUUCAGAGAGAAAUGAAUCCCAGCAAUUUCCACAUUUUGAGAAAUGCCAGCAAGACUCGCCCUACAACAAUUUAUCCUCUUCUUGUCGGGGAGCUGUUUGAUGUUACUACGUCAAUAGUUGAUUCUAUAGAGUUCAAGGAUGCAGACGAUGUAAUCGUCACAACCAACACAUCUUUCUUAACUUUCCGCUUUGAUUUAGGUAAUUUAAAUUUCUGCCUUCUGGGACAACGCUGGGAAAUGUUUACGGAAUCUGUUGAUUCGGAGCCAUCUGAAGAAAAGAAGCAUAGACAAUUAGCAAUGAAUGAACCGGAUAGUAACCAGUGUUCUUGUGAAUUUUUUCAGGAUUCUGUUAUGUUCGCACAGGUCAGUGGAGAGUCAGAUGUUAAAAACAGUCAUGGAAGCUCAGGUAGAGGUAAGUCUAGACCGGGCAGCGGUGAUGGUGGAGAAGAUGAAUUUUGGGUGGAGGAAAACGAUGACACUGCCCGGCCACUUAUAGCCGUGGUAGUGUCUUUAUGUGUAUCUAUUUUUGCAGUGAUUGCACUCAUUUCAGGAUAUAUGCUAGUGGAAAUGACCACCAGACGAAAACAUGUCAGAAACACUAAGAUUCGCCCAUUUGUUUCCUGA